AUGCCAAAGCUGAUCCGAAAGGGUCAGCGCAUCCUCCACAACCGCACCCAGGCGCGUCUCAAUGGAUCCACCUUGCCGACCAUCUCGAGGUCUACAGAUGCGGACGAUGCUGAGCAGCUCGACUCGGACGAGGAGCAGCCGCUCUUCCUCGGCAGAGCCUCUGCAACCCCUGCGCCCGCCGACGACUCUCCUUUUGCACGAUGGGACGUACCGAAAGAUCCUACCGAGCUACCUUCGGAGACCAGACGCAAGGCCGCCAGUCGACGUGUGGCCGAUGCGGUCGAGAACGCGCGCUUGCGCAGCUUGAACCAGACCAGCUCGCGGCAACCCAAUCCAGCCGGCCACGGGGCAUCGCACUCAAACGGCACAAUACCUCAAGCCAAACAGGAAGAAACGGCAAAUCUCUCAGACGACGACCCGGUGCUAGCUUCGCCCACGCUCGCCGCACAUCGCUCACGAGACUCUACAGCACACGUCAAGAACGAGCCCGAAGUGAUAGAGAUCAAGUCCGAAGACGAUGAUGAUGGAGAAGAUGACUUUCAGAUCGUCUCUCCACCUCCAAGACUUGCUGCAUCUGCAACUCCACCGCCUCGCAUCACGCCAGUACCACCCGCACUCGAAUCUCCAACCACACCUCCGCCUGUAGCCCAGAGACAAGCAACAGCAGCAGCACGCAAUCGACGCUCUGCAACCGCGUCAGCUGCAUCAAGCUCCUCUGCAACUCGGCAAGCCCUCGUGGGCAGGCAGCCCUCCGUCGCCCCCUCUGAUGCCUCGCGAACGCAAUCCGAGGCGCCGCAGCCGCCCGAAAAGCCCGUGCUCGAACGAAAGGAUCCGUGGCCCGACCACUUUCUCGAGCUCGAAAAGACCUUUCGCGCCAUCAAUACCGUCUACUCCUUCUGCUCGGCACGCAAGCAUAUGGCCACCACCUACGACACCAUCAAGAGCAGCGUCGAGGGGCUCACCAAGAAACCGCUCCAGAUCUUCGAGAUUGCGCAGAUCAAGAGCCUGUGCGGCGACCUCAUCCACUUUGCCUACGUCGAGCACGACAUGCUCCAAGUCCACAUGGACUCCAGGUCCAACGCCGAAGAUGCCGCCAGCAACACCGUCAGGCCACCCCAAAAGUCGCGCUUGGAGCUGCGCGACGAGAUGUACCAACAGGCAGCAGAGGCGAUUGCAGACGGCGAUCCCUACAUCCCUGACGAUCAGACUAUGUCCGUGCAAUCGGCGGCUGCUGCUGCGCCGCUCGCGGUCGACGCUGCGGGGUUCGAUGCCACGGGCGGCGGCUUCCAAGACGUUUCGGAUGCACACGAAAGCGGUGGGCCGCAUGGUCCCCUGCUGCCACCCACCGAGCUCGAGGUGCAGCAGCUGCAGCGCAAGGGCAAGCAGCGUGCACGCGACGAAUACGUGCUCCUCUUCGAGUUCAACGACGGCACGCUGCAGGGCCCCAAGGCUACGGCCCGAGGUGGCCGCGCGGGUAUGCGUCGCGCCCCCAACCGCGACGCGGCCGACCCCACAGGCAGGCCCAAGCCCAAGCCCAAACGCAAGCUCUACUCGCUCCCCUCGACGGCGUCCAUGAUGAAGCUCAUCAACAAGCGCAACUUCAAGUUCGAACAGGCGGUGCUCGAGCUGCUCGCCGCAUGCAGCGCCAAGGACGAAGAUCCGGUGCAGCUGCUCAUCGAUGCCGCCCACGACCACGUCCCGCUCAACCCCGAGACCGCCUCGAGGACCGAGGGCGAUACUCCGCACAAGAAGCGCAUCCGCCUCGAGUUCCUCAUGAAGAAUCCCGAACACCGCCCUUCCAUCGCCUCGGUCAUCGAAGAGAUGAGCAUCGCGCCGUGGUGGAAGGACCAGAUCGUCCCCGGCGGCCACAAGGUGUUCGACCAGCGUCCCGCCAAGAUGGGCGAGCUCAACUAUCUGCUUUCCCAAGCCGUGGUCAAUGCGCUCUAUGCCACGCACGGCAUCGAGCAGCUCUAUGCACACCAGGCCGAGGCGCUCAACGCGCUGCACGAGCGCAAAAACGUCAUCGUCUCCACAUCGACCUCGUCGGGCAAGUCGCUCAUCUACCAGCUGCCCGUGCUCGGCGCACUCGAGCACGACGGCGACGCCACCGCCAUGUUCAUCUUCCCCACCAAGGCGCUUGCGCAGGACCAGCGGCGGUCGCUGCAGGACCUCAUCGCCAACUGCGAGGGCGUCGAGGGCGCCAUCGUCGCCACGUACGACGGCGACACGGACAAGCAUCUGCGCAAGGACAUCCGCGAGCGCGCCAGCGUCAUCUUUACCAACCCGGACAUGCUGCACCAGAGCAUCCUGCCGAGCGAGGAUGUGUGGCGACGCUUCCUGCGCAAUCUGCGCUACGUCGUGGUCGACGAGCUGCACAUCUACAACGGCCUGUUUGGCGCACACGUCAGCUUCAUCAUGCGCAGGCUCAGGCGCAUCUGCAGUGCGCUUGGCAACCGCGAUGUGCAGUUCGUCAGCUGCAGUGCCACCGUGGCCAACCCGAGGGAGCAUAUGCAGACGCUGUUUGGCGUGGACGAUGUGCAUGUCGUCACCGAGGACGGAUCGCCGGCGGGGAGGAAGGAGUGGCUCGUGUGGAAUCCGCCGCUCAUCGACGACACCGACCCGGCGCAAGGGAGGGUGAGCUCGUACGCCGAGGUGAGCAAGGUGUUUCGGCAUCUGAUCCAGCGCGGCGUGCGCACCAUCGUCUUCACCAAGGUGCGACGCACGUGCGAGAUCGUGAUGCGCCAGGUGCGCAACGACCUGCUGCUCGAGGAUCGGCCGGACGUGGCGAACAAGGUCAUGUCGUACCGCUCGGGCUAUUCGCCCCAGGACCGCCGCAAGAUCGAGCAAGACAUGUUCAAGGGCGCGCUGCUCGGCAUCGUCGCCACCUCGGCGCUCGAGCUGGGCAUCGACAUUGGCAGUCUGGACGCCGUGAUCAUGCUCGGCUUUCCGUACUCCAUCUCGAGUCUGCGACAGCAGGCGGGGCGUGCGGGGCGGCGACAGAAGGACUCGCUGGCGGUGCUCAUCGGCGAUCCGUGGCCCAUGGACCAGCACUACAUGCACUUUCCCGACGAGAUCUUCCUGCAGCCCGAUGCGGCGCUGUCGGUGGAUCUGGGCAACGACUUUAUCCUCGAGUCGCACCUGCAGUGUGCGGCCGAGGAGAUGCCCAUCACGGUGGAGGACGACGAGCAGUACUUUGGCGCGCAUCUCGCGACGCUGUGCCAGACGCGGCUCGAGGCGGACGGCAGCGGCUUCUUCUACUGCCGCGAGGAGCUGCGGCCGAAUCCGGCGCGCGAUGUGGCGAUCCGCGGUGCGAGGCAGGAGAGCUACUGCUACAUUGACGACACGCCCGGUCGCGCGGGUGGCGCGCAGGUGAUGGAGGAGGUCGAGAUGGAGCGCGCCAUCUUUGAGGCGUUUGAGGGCGCGGUGUUUAUGCACCAGGGGCUGUCGUACAUCUGUCGCGACAUCGACCACGAUGCGCGCAUUGCACGCAUGGUGCAGGCGGAUGUCAACUACCACACGCGCCCGCGCGACCACACGGACACGGACGCCAUGGAGACGUACCGCAUCCGGCGGCUGCGCGAGUCGCCCUACCUGGCGUACUACGGCAAGGUGACCAUCGCCUCGUACGUCUGGGGCUACUUUAAAGUCGACCGACGCGCCAACAUCUUGGAUGCGGUUGAGGUGGAUUGUCCGCCCUUUGUGCGCCACACACGGGGGUUGUGGAUCGACGUACCCACCUGGCUGGUGGAGGCGAUGACGGACAAACGCAUCAAUGCAGCUGCGGCGAUCCAUGCGGCCGAACAUGCGUUGCUGUCGCUCACGCCCAUGUUUGUGGUGUCGGUGGCGGGCGAUGUGCGCACGGAGUGCAAGAUCGCCGAAAAGGAGUAUGCGGCGCGCGCUUCGUCGCGCAAGCGUCCUGCGCGCCUGAUCUUCUACGACAUGCCCGGCCAGAACGGCGGCGUGUGCGCAAAGGCGUUUGAGCAUCUGGACGGACUCAUCCGCAUUGCGAUCAGCGUGAUCGAGGCGUGUGCGUGCAACGAGGGCUGUCCAUCGUGCGUGACGAGCCAGACGUGCGCACACGCCAAUCUGGUCACCAGCAAGGUCGGCGCGCUCGCGGUGCUGCGUGGCAUCGUGGGGAGGGAGCCGUUCGAUGCGGACCUCGAGAUGCAGAACGAACCGGGCAUCGCUCCGAGCCAGCUGGGCGAGAGGGAGGCGGUGCACGGAACGAUUGCAGAGGCCGUGCCUGUGCGCGUCGCCAAGGAGCUCGGUGGAGCCGUCGAGGUCGAGGACGUGCACGAGACACUGCCACCGAGCCUACAGGCGCUCACCCAGCACGCCCUCCGCGCGGCUGCGCAGAGGCGAGACGUCGUAGCAGGCCCAUCUGGCACCAACGGUACCGGUCCAGGAGGAGGCUUCCUGCCCGGCAAAAGCAUGUUGUUCACCGAGUAG